AUGACAAGAAAGAAAGCCAAUCGAACCUACAUUGUUCAUGUCCAAAGGCCGAAGCACGAUGAGUUGCUUGGUGAUGAAGAUGUAGAAGAUUGGCAUAGAUCUUUCUUGCCAAACACUACUCUUGAUACUGGUGAGCCACGACUAGUUCACUCAUACCGUCAUGCAAUUAGUGGGUUCGCUGCAAGAUUGACUUCAGAAGAAGUGAGGGCUAUAGAGUCUAUGGAAGGGUUUUUGAUAGCCAGACCAUCUAGGAUACUAAAGCUCUCCACUACUUACACACCAAGAUUCUUGGGUUUAGACCAUCAAAGUGGUUUAUGGGUUGACUCAUCCAUGGGGUUAGGCGUCAUAAUUGGUGUUGUUGAUAGUGGCAUCACUCCAAACCAUGUUUCUUUCAUGGAUGAUGGCACAAUGCCACCCAAACCCCCCAAAUGGAAGGGGCGUUGUCGUUUUCACAACAAAACACUAUGCAACAACAAGCUCAUUGGCGCUAUUGCAUUUCGUGGCUCAAGAAGGCCUCAACCAAAAGAUCCUAAGAAUGGCGGGCAUGGGACACAUGUUGCAGGCAUUGCCGCCGGAAGUUUUGUUGAUAACGCUAAUGUUCUUCGGCUUGCUAGGGGCACCGCAUCAGGCACUGCACCUAAAGCUCAUCUUGCUAUUUAUAAGGUUUGCUUCACUAGUGGCUGUAGUGGUGCAGAUAUUGUGGCAGCAAUAGAAGAAGCCAUGAAAAAUGGUGUGGAUAUUCUCUCACUUUCCCUAGGAAAAAAAUCUAUUCCCUUUUAUGAUGAUGACAUAAUGAUUGCAACACUCUCUGCUGUUAGAGCGAAAAUAUUUGUUUGUAUGGCUGUAGGAAACUCAGGCCCUUAUCGAGAAAGUGUUGAGAAUGGUGCUCUUUGGAUCCUUACUGUUGGAGCUAGCACCCACGAUAGGAGGGUUAGUGCCACCGUCAAACUAGGAAACGGUGUGGAAGUUGAAGGAGAAUCUGGAUACCAGCCAAGAACUUUCAAUGCUACAGGUAACAUCAUCUUCCCAGGCUUUGGAGCUCAGAAUGGCACAGUAGGAUGCAUGAAAAACUCCUUCAAUAAUACUGAUGUAAAGGGAAAGAUUGUUUUGUGCAAUAUUGAAGAGGGCAAGUACAGAGACAUGAGUGUUAAUGUGAAAGAUGCUGGUGGGGUGGGGAUGAUAGUGUUGGAUACAUCUAGGGAAGGAGCUACUACUUUAUCUUAUGACUAUGUACUCCCAACAGCUCAUGUCAACUACACCACCGCAAGCAAAAUUGUGAAUUACCUCGAAACACAAGUUCACCGCUACACGCAACAAUUGCAUUUAAUGGGAUUGCCGACAUUACUAAAAAGCACUCACGAGGAAUUGGUCAUCCGCAAAGCAAUCAUAUCGAGCAAUUAUGACAAACCGCCAACAGGUUUUGAUCUUGAUGGAAACCCAAUUCUUAAUGACUAUGAGGAACAUAUCAAUCGUGCAAAGCCUCAUCGACAUGGGUUCGUGGACAAGUGA